CAGCAGAGAGCUGCCGUAAUGGCGGUGUGUCGUCGCUCCUCGCAGCAGCAGCAGCCGAGUACGCUACAGUCUCCACCGAGAAACAACUCUCUGUCGGCCGCUUCUCCGGUCUCGCCUCCUAUGGCCUUGCUGUCCCCGGCCGUAGGCUCGGCGGAGAACGAGAGGGAAUGUAGCGGAGGGAUCGAGGCUGCUCUGGCCUCCCCGGACCUGCCAGUCUCGGUCCUAGCGAGCAGCGCGAGCUCCACCACGACGGCCUCAGGCGGCGGCAGCAGCGUCUCGAGCCCCGGCUCCGGAGCGACGAGCCCCACGGACGGCAGCAGCUGCGUCGGCGGCGCGUUCAGGGAAUUGUUUGAGGCCUGCCGAAACGGCGACGUGUCCCGGGUGAAAAGACUUGUGGAUUCGGUGAACGUAAACGCGAAGGACAUGGCUGGUCGAAAAUCAACUCCGCUUCAUUUUGCUGCGGGUUUUGGAAGAAAAGAUGUGGUCGAGCAUCUCCUGCAGACCGGAGCCAACGUUCACGCCAGGGAUGAUGGAGGUCUCAUCCCCCUGCACAAUGCCUGCUCCUUCGGACACGCAGAGGUCGUCAGCCUCCUCUUGUGUCAAGGUGCAGAUCCAAACGCCAGAGAUAACUGGAACUACACCCCGUUACACGAGGCAGCCAUCAAGGGAAAGAUCGACGUUUGCAUAGUAUUACUCCAGCACGGAGCUGAUCCAAACAUUCGGAACACUGAUGGUAAAUCUGCCCUGGAUCUUGCGGAUCCUUCAGCCAAGGCUGUUCUUACAGGUGAAUACAAGAAGGAUGAACUUCUGGAAGCAGCAAGGAGUGGAAAUGAAGAAAAGCUGAUGGCGCUGCUGACUCCAUUAAAUGUCAACUGUCAUGCCAGUGAUGGUCGCAAGUCAACCUCACAAAAAAUGCUGUCCACGCCCCUCCACCUGGCUGCAGGCUACAACCGGGUCCGCAUCGUACAACUCCUCCUCCAACACGGGGCAGACGUUCACGCCAAGGAUAAAGGCGGCCUGGUUCCUCUCCACAAUGCCUGCUCAUAUGGCCACUACGAAGUCACUGAGCUUCUCCUUAAACACGGAGCCUGCGUGAACGCCAUGGACUUGUGGCAGUUCACGCCUCUCCACGAAGCAGCGUCCAAGAACAGAGUGGAGGUCUGUUCCCUGCUGCUGAGCCACGGGGCCGAUCCCACCCUGCUGAACUGUCACAGCAAGAGCGCCGUGGACAUGGCUCCCACCCCAGAGCUUAAAGAAAGGCUCACCUAUGAGUUCAAAGGUCACUCUCUGCUGCAGGCGGCUCGUGAAGCCGACAUGGCCAAAGUGAAGAAGACGCUGGCUCUGGAGAUUAUCGGCUUUAAACAUCCUCAAACCAACGAGACGGCUCUGCACUGUGCUGUGGCGUCCCCCCACCCAAAGAGAAAACAGGUGACUGAACUGUUACUGCGUAAAGGUGCCAACAUCAAUGAGAAGAACAAAGACUUCAUGACUCCUCUGCACGUUGCUGCUGAAAGAGCUCACAACGACAUCCUGGAGGUGCUGCAGAAACACGGAGCAAAGGUGAACGCAGUGGACACACUCGGGCAGACGGCUCUCCACAGAGCGGCGCUGGCUGGUCACAUCCAGACCUGCAAGCUGCUGCUGAGCUACGGAGGCGACCCCUCCAUUGUGUCUUUACAGGGUUUCACUGCAGCGCAGAUGGGUAACGAGGCCGUACAGCAGAUUCUUAACGAAAAUGUUCCCACACGUAACUCUGAUGUGGACUACAGAUUUCUGGAAGCUGCCAAAGCAGGAGAUCUGGACACGGUACAACAACUUUGCACCCCCCAGAACGUAAACUGUCGGGACUUGGAGGGGCGCCACUCCACUCCUCUGCAUUUUGCAGCUGGUUACAACCGAGUGGCUGUUGUUGAAUACCUGCUUCAUCAUGGAGCUGACGUUCACGCCAAAGAUAAGGGCGGCCUGGUCCCCCUCCACAACGCAUGCUCCUAUGGUCACUAUGAGGUGGCUGAGCUGCUGGUCAGACACGGGGCUUCAGUGAACGUGGCAGAUCUGUGGAAGUUCACCCCACUUCACGAGGCUGCAGCCAAAGGGAAAUACGAGAUCUGCAAACUGCUUCUCAAACACGGAGCGGACCCCACCAAGAAGAACAGAGACGGCAACAUUCCUUUGGACAUGGUGAAGGACGGAGACACAGACAUCCAGGACUUGCUGCGGGGGGAUGCUGCCCUGCUGGACGCUGCCAAAAAGGGCUGUCUGGCCAGAGUGCAGAAACUCUGCUCCCCAGAAAACAUCAACUGCAGAGACGCUCAGGGGCGCAACUCCACACCUCUCCACCUGGCAGCUGGAUAUAACAACCUGGAGGUGGCAGAUUAUCUGCUGGAGCAUGGGGCUGAUGUCAAUGCUCAGGACAAGGGAGGCCUCAUCCCUCUUCAUAAUGCUGCUUCUUAUGGGCAUGUGGACAUAGCAGCUCUGCUCAUCAAGUACAACACGUGUGUGAAUGCUACGGACAAAUGGGCCUUCACACCGCUCCAUGAGGCGGCCCAGAAAGGACGAACACAGCUCUGUGCACUGCUGCUGGCUCAUGGAGCUGACCCCACCAUGAAGAACCAAGAGGGCCAGACUGCUCUGGACCUGGCCACGGCGGAUGAUAUUCGAGCACUGCUGAUGGACGCCAUGCCACCAGACGCCUUGCCCAGCUGCUUUAAGCCGCAGGCCACAGUGGUCAGCGCCUCUGUCAUCUCUCCCGCCUCCACGCCUUCCUGUCUGUCAGCUGCCAGCAGCAUAGACAACCUGGCUGGGCCCCUCACUGAGCUGGUGGCUGCUGCUGCUGUUGCCUCCUCCUCUGGGACCUCCGGAGUGGCAGAUGGCGCUGCGGGCACUGACCGCAAGGAGGGAGAAAUGACAAUGCUUGACAUGAACAUCAGUCAGUUCCUGAAGAGCCUUGGUUUGGAGCACCUGAGGGACAUCUUUGAGAGGGAGCAGAUCACACUAGAUGUGCUGGUUGACAUGGGCCACGAGGAGCUGAAGGAGAUCGGGAUUAACGCGUACGGCCACCGACACAAACUCAUUAAAGGUGUUGAACGGUUGCUGGGGGGUCAACAAGGUGCCAACCCUUAUCUGACAUUCCACUGUGCCAACCAGGGUACCAUCCUGAUCGACCUCUCCCCCGAUGACAAAGAGUACCAGUCUGUAGAGGAGGAGAUGCAGAGCACCAUCAGGGAGCACAGAGAUGGAGGCAACGCUGGUGGGGUUUUCAGCAGAUACAACAUCAUGAAGAUCCAGAAAGUGGUGAAUAAGAAGCUGAGAGAACGUUACACCCACAGGCAGAAGGAAAUAGCAGAUGAGAAUCACAACCAUCACAACGAGCGCAUGUUGUUUCACGGAUCUCCGUUCAUCAACGCUAUCAUUCACAAAGGCUUUGAUGAGCGCCACGCUUACAUUGGAGGGAUGUUUGGAGCGGGGAUCUACUUUGCUGAGAACUCCUCAAAAAGCAAUCAGUAUGUUUAUGGUAUCGGCGGAGGCACGGGAUGCCCGACGCACAAAGACAGAUCGUGCUACCUGUGCCACAGACAAAUGCUGUUCUGCCGAGUGACACUGGGGAAGUCCUUCCUACAGUUCAGUGCCAUGAAGAUGGCCCACGCCCCUCCAGGACAUCAUUCAGUGAUCGGGCGGCCCAGCGUUAACGGUUUAGCUUAUGCUGAGUAUGUCAUCUACAGAGGAGAGCAGGCCUACCCGGAGUACCUCAUCACCUACCAGAUCCUUAAACCAGAGAGCACGGCCCAGUCUGCAGCAGCAGCUGAGCAGAAGUCGUAGUUUUUGUGCUGCACGGCAUCACAGACUUAAUGCUUGAUAUUUUAUCCUUUGUAUUUGCCUGAACAGAGUUUUCAUUAUCAAACACAUUUCAGUCUCCUGCCCUGUAGAAAUCAUGGUGACUAGUGUUUCAUAAACAGUUAUGCUGUACAAUACUCUACUUUUUGUCAUGGACCCCCCCAAAUCGGCUGCAUGUUUAUUAUAGAAGCAUGUAAGUUCCAGUAGUGUGUGUGGGUCUGUACUUUCAGUAUCGUUCCCCUUCAUCUCUUCACAGGAGCAGCUUGUUGAGACUUGAAACUUCAGCAUUAACUGUUUUCCACUCUCUGUUGCCUCGUGACUUUGAAGACUCACAGAACCCCACCUCACCAGCCUUUUGGACUCCACACAGUCUCUUCAGGAAAACCUGAACCCUGUGGUUUCAACUCCGCUACCACACUGGGUUUUACUUUUUACAGACUGACCUGCGGUAACUGCUUUUUAUUAACACAUCUUGCUGUGCUGUGUUGCCUAUGUUCCAAAUGUUACCUGAGGAACCCUACAACCACUGAACUGUCCAGUUUUUAGUGGUUUUAUUCCAGGCUGCAUAUGCUCUUAUUGAGAAAGGGCUCUGUAAGAUUACUAAAUUAGAGAUGAUUUUAUUGAAAGUACAUUAUUGAUUUGCAUGAAAGGCAAUGUGCUUUAGCAGUGCAAAGUAAGGCGUCAUGAUGAAGCGUGAUGAAAGUGUCGUACGCUAAAAGCAUUACAUGUGACUGCUUUGAACAGAGUUGGUAGAUGUUGACAGGUGCUUGUGACGCCUUACAGAUGAACAGCUCUUCAAAGCAUCCUUGUCUGUCGCCACGGUCUCGCUCGCAGACAUUCACACUUAUGGAUGUGCACUUUUACCAAGAAACCUAUUUAAGUUAUUUUGAAUUGAAAUUUAAAUUUGUGGGACAACAUAUUUGUACAGGUUGUGUAAAUGGUUGUGUAUAACUUGCUGUUUACCAGUAUGUUUGCGUUAAAAUGUAAAUGACAUCAAAGUUCUCUUUUCAUGUCUCGUUGUUUCUUCCCUUCCCCUUUUUUAAAAUAAAUGUCCCAU